GUUUAUUAGCAGUAAAUUGUUCACUGUUAACACUUGUGACUUAAGGACUUUGACUUGACAAGUUUUAUUUGGUGUAUCAAGUGCUUUUAUAUAAACCAAUAGUCACCUCAUUAACCAGGUUACCCCAUAGCUUCUUACCAUUUACCAUUAUUAUACAAUGGGAGUGUCCGAUCCUAGUUCCUCAACCACCCCAGACCUGCCUCCUCAUGAUCAUGAACGUCCUGGAUCUGGUAGCGGGUUGGAUGAUGAAGACAUCCCCAGAAGGAAGCAGAGACGCUACAGAACAACUUUUACAAGUUAUCAGCUUGAUGAAUUGGAGAAAGCCUUUGGAAGAACUCAUUACCCUGAUGUUUUUACGAGGGAGGAACUGGCUCUGAAGAUCGGACUCACGGAAGCGAGAAUACAGGUAUGGUUCCAAAACCGGCGUGCGAAGUGGCGGAAGCAGGAAAAGGUGGGGCCACACGCGCAUCCAUAUAGCGGGUACUUGAGCGGUGGGCAACCAUUACCGACUCCAAGCAUGUCGGUACCGCCGCAUACGCUCAGCCAGUUAGGCUUCGGGCUAAGAAAACCUUUUGACAGUGCCUUAGCGUCCUUUAGGUACGCGAAUUCACCGCUAUUCGGCGCACAAUAUCUGCCGCCGCUGUCACGACUACCCCAUUUCGGAGCUCCACUGUACGCGACUUCUCCCGCUCACUUCCACUCCCUUUUCGCUAACCUCACAGUCCCCGAACCUCCACGCUUAUCGCCCGAACAAUCCCGACUAUCGCCCGAAGUCACCCGAUCGCCAGCUCCUUCAAUUUCUCCCCCGAUUUCACCUGGGAGUGAAACCUUACCUCCUUUAACGGAAGAUGUGAGGAGUUCGAGUAUAGCGGCUUUGAGAUUAGCGGCUCGGGAACACGAGCUACGAUUGGAGUUAUUAAGACAGAGAGCCGAUUUGAUCUGCCAAUAGUCAGGAAAACGGUGAAAUAUAUUCACAAGGUAAAAAUGUUUUGUAGGUGUCCCAUAACGGAAGUCAAAUUUUAGAUAUAUAACAUAUGUAACAUAGUCUCAAACGAAAGUAUGCCAGAUAUAUUUUUUCAUCACUAUGAGAACACACCAAUCAGCUUCUUAACGAAAGAAAAGAUAUGGCAACCAUGAACUAUUUGGAGCUACAUGCCUACUAAUGCAACGCUCAAUGCUGCCAACAUAAGGCAACAAAUAUUUCGCCUUUCAAAAGUUACGUUUACGACCUCCAUGGGACACCGUUAGAUGUUAUUAUUAAAAACAAACAUUGUAAGC